AUGGAUCACAGCUUAGUGCACUCACUAAGCAGGGGGAAUGUCUGUGCUCUUCAGCUCACACUUCCAACAGAAAACAAUGCAGAGCUUCUGCUGCUGCUGAACUGGCAGAAUUUACAUUUGGGGAAGAUAAGAGGUUUUGUGGAUCAUGGUUCUGCCUUUAAAAUGGAACCCGGGCUCUCCUCCGCCGGCACCCCGAAAGCCAGGGGGCCACGCUGCCCCCGGCCCUCGGCGGCGUCCGCACCUGCCAGAAGAGGCCGCGGCCGGGUUUCGGCGCGGAGAAGGGACGGCCCGGCUCCGGCCCCUCGGGGUGCCCCCCCUCCCCGGCCCUGCGGCGGGGGCAGGAACCCGGAGCCGGAGGUUUCCGCCCGGCGCCGCCAAGCCCGCCAGGGGCCUAGCUCGGGGGCCGCCCGGACUCCGCAGGACCCGUCCACGUUGUCGGCGACGCGCAGCCGCCUCCCAUCCCGGCCCCGCGGAGCCUCCCCGCGGCGGGCGCCACGGCGUCCGCACCUGCCCGGCGCCCUGCCGCAGCUCGGGCGAGCGGCUUCACCCACCUGGCGCCUCCGCCGCGCCUCCCGCACGUCACGGCGCGACCCCGCGCCCCUCGGCUCCAGCAGCGCUGGUGCAGGCGGACGCCGGGAGACCCUGCUCGGCCGCCGCCGCUGCCGGGUUCGUCGCCAGGCCGCCGACAGCGAACCUGUUGCGCAGCCUGUCACGGCCGCUCCGGCUUCGCAGCGCCGCCUCAGCCCCACAACAACAUGGCGGCCGCAGCCUCCGCAGGAAGCCGGGGGGCGGGGAGGUAGGAGACGGGCCGGGCAGCUGACGGCCCGCCCGUCCGCUGCCGGGCACCGACUUCCCCACUCGUGCGGACCCGAAAUGGGCGCGGGCGCGGCUCCCAGAGCACCGGGACCCCGGACCCCGCUGGCCUGGUCCAAGUGCUCCGCUGUCCCCUCGGGGAGGCCUCGAAGCUCCGGACCAGCAGCCUGUCAUGGAGCUGCGAAGACCCACCCGGCUCCUCCUCCCCGAGGUGACAUGUUGAGGUUGGGUGAGGCCAAAUGUCGAGACGGUGUAACCAAAAGAUGGAAAUGAUCUGGAUGUCAGGCUUGCUUCGAAGGGAGCUGCCUAGAAGAGCCACGGUACCUGCAGCCAACUUCAUGUUCUCAAUUUUCUACAAUAACCAUGAUCAGGGAGAAAUUAUUUGUUUAAAGGAUCAUCCUGAGACAGCAAGUUAUAAACCCAAAAGAACGAACCUCUGUUGUUGAAAUCGCAGGCACUGUGGUGAGCUUGGGGGUGGGAAAUGGCUGGCAUCUCUCAAGUCUCACAACACAGACCACCGCCAACCCAGUCCUCUUACAUAUACAACUGCCUUUGGCAUUCAGACUUCAAAAGUGAGAAGCAGCUACUGCAGCAAGCCUGAUGGAAGCCUACAUAUGUUAGAGACGCACGCCUGUGUUUCCAUCAUUAAUGCUUGGGGAAAAUAGGUGAAAUUGUCACCUUGGAAGGAUGCAAAGAAAGCAUUCAAAGCAUUCAAAGCAUAAAUUUAACAUAACCAAAAUGUCCAUCAUAGAGAAUAUAAUCCCCAAGAUUCAGUUGUAAAAACCAAAGGAAAUGUAUGGUUCCUUCAUCUUCUUAGUUGAGGUUAGAAUGCACGGACAAUGUUCACCUUAGGAGAAACAGGACAACUGUUGAGACUUAAAGUGUGAAGUGGUCAUGCAGAAAGGAAGGUUGUCUUUUAAACAUGGUCACACCUACAUUGCCACUGGGCCCAAGGCACCCUGGAGCUGCAGAUAUCACUGGAGAAUUCACCACCAAGUGCGAAGCAAGACGAUGUUGCUAAGUUCUUACCUCUGAAAAGUGAACUAACUAAUGUAGAAGCAAAGAAUAUUUUAGAGAAUAGCUGCUGCAUAAUGUACAGGAAUAAAGUUAUAGCAGCAAAUCAAUAAGACCCGGCAAAGAGAUCAGAAAACCUGGUAUUUGAUAAUGGAACACGAUAACAUUGUAAGUUCUUUAUUUGGCUUUAAAAAAUCAACUUCCUGGGCAAAAAGUUUUACUACCCAAAUAACAACUUAGGAGGUACUAGAACAAAAAGAAACUUACAUAAUUCAAAAUCACUAUCAUGAGGGGGUAAAAAUCAUUUAAUUUUCAAUUGUUAAAAAGAAAUUUGGGCCGGCCGAGUGGCGCUAUGGUUACG